AUGCGUACCUCCAUCCUCUUCGCUACUCUCUCGGCUUUCGCGCUGGCCCAGGCCGCCACCACCACCACCGACAAUGGCAACCCAGCUACCCAAUAUCUCACCGAGACCAACUCCAACGGUGUUGUGACUGGCCAGCCUGAGGUCGUCACCUCGCAACCCGCUGUCGUGACCAGCGAGCCCGCUGUUGUGACUUCGCAGCAGCCCGCUGCCUCGAUUCCCGCUGGCCUGUCCACUCCCGCGGCUGGCGAGCCUGGCACCACCUCGACGACCAUGACUUCGGUCAAGUCCAACACGCAGACAAUUUCCAUGGUCACGGUCAGCAGUGCUACCCAGACUGGCACUCAAGCCAGUUCCAACUCCAACUCCAACUCCCAGUCGGCUUCUGCCUCGGCGAGUGCAACCCACACCACCAACGCCGCGCCGCUCGCCACCGCCGGCUCUCUGGGCCUGCCAUCUAACCUUCGCCGGCUGGCCGCGGACCAUGCCGCCCUGCACAGCACCGGUCUUCCGCCCUACUAUCUCCUUCCGCCCAGCAACGAAUCCACCGACGACCUCUCGCAGCUGACGGUCUUGCUCACCGGCCCACCGGGGACACCUUAUUCACAGGGUCUGUGGCGCCUCCACUUGCGCAUGCCAGAGGACUACCCACACAGCCCGCCCAAGGCCACUUUCAAGACGCGCAUAUGGCACCCCAACAUGGAGGAGCUCACGGGCGCAGUGUGUGUAGACACCCUGAAGAGGGACUGGCAACCCAAGUUGACAUUGAAGGAUGUGUUGGUGACCAUUUCAUGUCUUCUCAUCCAUCCCAACCCCGACUCGGCUCUCAAUUCCACAGCGGGUGCGAUGCUGCAAGAAGACUACAAUGCCUUUGCUCAUCAGGCUCGAUUGAUGACAUCUAUCCAUGCACCCAUUUCUACCGACCUCAAGGAUGCAGUCACAGAGGCCAAGCUGCGAGGGGAGGAUGCCGGCGCAGUCUUUGAGGAGAAGGACAAUACAAAUUUUCAACGUCCACGGAAAGAACAGCGCAUACAGACGGUGACCAUGAAGAAGACCGUUCGCACGACUGGUCCGACCCAAGAAUCUGCUGCUAUGCCAGAAGAUGACGACAGCGAGAACGAAGACCCGGCCAGUGCAAGCAAAGAAAACGACCCCUCUCUCUCUCCGACUCCGGUGAGACUCGCACCGCCAAGUCCUCGGAAGAAUGCUCUGGGGAAGCGGCCACUUUCGUCGCUUCCAGUACCGUAUCCCGAAGAUCUGGAUAGCGAUAUGAUGCUCGUGGACGAAGACGAGGAUAUUGAUUCGCCGUGCAUGUCUUCGUCGGAACAAAACAUCCAAGCCAACACCAGUCGAUCGGGCUCCCCGCAACGGAAACAGGUCAAGUUAUCUCUGCUCAACCGAGGCCUCAACGCAUCAAGUCGUGUUCGGGAUGACCUCCAGAUCUAUGAGGAUGUUCCUGAACUCUCAACCCAUGACGCAUCACGCCGGUUAAGCGGUGACGGCAAGGAGAACCCGCAGGCUGUUCUCGUGUUGAAAGAGAAAUGCGAGAUGCAGACAGCGAAGACAGUUACACCGCUGUCAGCAGGAAGUGCUCCAACACGAACCGCCUCAUCUCUUGCAUCCUCGGCUGCUCCUUCAAAGGUAUCGAAAGUGACCGCUGGAGUGCGCAAGGUCUCUUCCGGUGCAGGCAAGCCCAAGCCCCGGAUUGGAGUUCGCCGGCUAUGA